AUGUGGGUAAAACCUCAAGAAGUAUACCUGAAAACUCCUUUGUGGGAUAGUGACGAAACUACUUUGUACUUUGUUUUACAAAGAAGGAAGGGACACGGUAAAUCGAAAAGUCUUUCGUCACUUUUAGUGGGUACACUAGACAGCGUUCGGGAUACAAAGCCAGCGCCGUAUAGAAUUUUACAUCAGACUCCUAAUUCUGAAAUAUAUUACGUUAUAUCAACAGCGCUAACUGAACAAGAGAUCCGCCAAGACUGGCAGUGGCUUUUUGAAAAUGUUAGCCCGACACUUCAUUCAUUUGAUACAGAAGAAGAGAUAACAGAAUUUGUUUGUUGCAAAAUAAAUUCCAUUAUAGCAACGGAACAGGAGAACUUUACUGAAGAUGAAGACACAAUCACAUAUAAGAAUGUUGUCUAUGAAUUUCACCAGAGAUUCUCAAUGCCAAAGGAUGAAAAACUUGUAUGCUAUUAUUCAUGCAGCUAUUGGAAAGGCAAGAUGCCUCGUCAAGGAUGGAUGUACUUAUCAGUGCAUUACAUGUGUUUUUACUCCUAUAUCUUUGGACGCAAAACUGCCUUGAAGAUAAGAUGGGCUGAUGUCACAGAGCUCGCUAAAACGAAUAGCUUACUUUUCCCCGAUUCAAUAAAAAUAGUGACAAGAGAUGGGGAGUAUUACUUUACUAUGUUUCUGAGGAAAAAUGAGACCUUUGCUUUAAUGCAACAACUUGCUAAUAUAGCUAUGAAACAAUUGAUAGAUGACAAAUCUGGGACUUUUAAUAUUGACAAAGACUUGCUAACAAAGCUCAGCAAGAAUGUUCCUAAAAAGCCUUCGUUUCUAAAACGAGAUUUGGAUGCUCGGAAGCAAUCAAAUUUAUACACUCUACGAUUUCGAUUGCCACAUACAGAGAAGUUGGAUGGCUCCGAAGAAUGUACACUUUGGACACCAUAUAAUAAACGUCAUAAUUGGGGAAGGUUGUACCUGUCACAGAAUUUCAUCUGUUUUGAUAGCAGGGUCCGUCACCUUGUCAGGCUGACCAUUCCACUUCGAGAUGUUCAUCAAGUAGAGCGCGCGGUAUCCAGUACGAGCAGCAGUCAGGAUGUGGGCAGCAUCCUCAUCACCACCGCUCAUCACACUAGCUUCUUGUUCGGAAACAUCUCUGAUAGAGACUUCCUCGUACACAAGAUAUCAGAACUCCUAGCAAAACUGCCCAAGGAGAAGUCGUCUAGAGUGUUGUCUUCAAGAGAGGAGAGUAAAUGGACCCCGCAGCCUCCGCUGAUGACUUUGUUCAAAACUCAUCAGACUUCCACCAUCAAACAGAUACAGACCAAAAAGGAAAAGCAAUGGGAAGAUCAUAUGUCAGAGGUGGGUAGGGGCGUCAGUAUGUACAGGACUACAGAAGGCAGCGAAUUAGUUGUGAACGGUAUACCAGAAUCACUUAGAGGGGAACUUUGGAGCGUGUUCUCAGGGUCGAUACUACAGAAGGCCCAAAACAAGGGCCUUUACGAGAAGUUAGUGAAUGAGGCCUUGUCGUCGAAGAACCAAGCGAAUGAUGAGAUCGAGAGAGACUUGCACAGAUCACUACCCGAACAUCCGGCGUUUCAAAAUAAUGUUGGUAUAUCUGCAUUGCGUCGUGUGUUAUGCGCAUACGCACUAAAGAACCCCACAAUCGGUUACUGCCAAGCCAUGAAUAUUGUUGCCUCCGUACUCCUGAUAUACUGCCCUGAAGAACAAGCCUUCUGGCUAUUGGCGACCAUCUGUGAGACUUUGCUACCCGAUUAUUAUAAUACACGGGUCGUGGGAGCUUUGGUGGACCAGGGUGUUUUGGACGAGCUCACCAAAGCCCAUCUUCCAGAACUUCACGCUAAGCUGGAUGAGCUGGGAAUGAUGAAAAUGAUCUCCCUGUCCUGGUUCCUCACCCUCUUCAUCAGCGUCAUGCCGUAUGAGUGCGCCGUCAACGUCAUGGACUGCUUUUUCUAUGAUGGAGCAAAAGUCAUCUUUCAGGUAACUUUGACAAUACUGGAUAUAAAUCGCGAGAAGCUGCUGAAAUGUGGUGAAGACGGCCAGGCGAUGCAAGUGUUCAGUGAAUACUUGGAGGGGAUCUACAACGAGGAGGCUAUGGCUCUGUCCACGGAACCAAGAACAGCUGAGAAGACAAUAAAAAUCCAAGAGCUGGUGUAUCAAUCGUACCGUUCGUUCGGUUCGAGCGUUAGCAGCGAAUGUAUCGAACACCUGCGACUGAAGCAUCGCCUGCGAGUGGUCCGCCAGCUGGAGGACAGUCUGGAGAAGAACACGUUGAGGGCCUUACAGCAGGACAGACUGCUGGACGCUACUGAACUACAGGAAUUGCUAAGCGUGAUUCGCGAAGAACUAUUUUGGGCGAAGCGCGUCCCGUGCGAGCGUCUCGAAGCACCGUAUGAAGCUUAUCGCCUGGACUACGGACAGUUUAAAACGCUAUUCCAAGCUUUAUCACCGUGGGGGAAAGGCGAUUAUGCUGAAGCUAUCACUACAAGGAUGUUCAAGCUGAUGGACCACGACGCGGACGGCCUGGUGUCAGCCCGCGGCCUGUCCGUGUCGCUCGGCAUCUCGUGCCGGUCGGACGCGUCCCGCCGCCUGCGCGUGUUGUACUGCGCCCACGCACCGCCGCUGUUGUCUGAUGAUGAGCUGCGGCAGACGUUCACGGAGACCGGAGAGGAACUCGCCGCUGAUGCUAUAUCAUUCUUUGAUAAUAUAGACAAUCCGUCCACACCUGACACCACGUUGCAAAGAUCAAUAAGUGAAGUAUGUGAAGAUAAUCAGAUGGACAAAUCAACAGACAGCGCUUACAGCCAGUCCGAGCCGCUUGGUGAGUGUGACGUGGUCCGCGCGUGUGCCCUGGCAGGUCUGCCGUCGGGGGCCUCCACCCCCGGCACCCCUCCCCCCCGGGCCGCUCCCCCCCUACCCCGCCGACACUUCCUCCGCCUGCUGGCAGCCCUGCACCACCUCACGCACCACUGCACUAUACUGUAUGAGGCGGUCGCCAGAGCGGGUACGUUGCUUCUCCAACUGGGCGAAUUGAACCAUCGCCCUACAAUGGACCGUGAAAUAUCUCAGGACAGUCUUUACCAAGCCGCCGCAGCACAACCAACUACAGACGUGGAUCCAAACGGCAACACAACGGAUGUUCAAGUCAACCGUCAGUCAUCACCGUCAGGGGACACUGAGCCUUCCGACCACGACACAUGGUCGAUAACGCUGGAGCAGUUCCUGGCCACCAUACUAGCUGAACCGGCCUUGGAGGAGUUCUUUAACAAACAUGUACCUUUACUACCGAGUCUUGAAGCUCUGAGACAGAGAGACAGGUUGCAAUCAGUAUAG